UUCGUUUCCCGCCUACUUAUUGUGGAAAAAAAGAAACUGGCAACCGAUACUUGAAACCUUUAAAGCGAAGCAGAGCGGACGUGCUUGUGCUCCUGGAUGCUAAUAUAGACACAGUUACACGCACAGACUGGAUCAGAAACCAUUGAAAAUAAAACCCUAAGUGUAACGAAAAGUGCGCUCUGAGAAAUAAACAAGCAUAUCAAGCGAAAUAGAUAGUGCAAAUUGUAUGUAACAGCGUAUAAAAUUAUAAAACGGGAACAAAAUAGAGGAAAAAAUAAAGAGACUGGAAGAGGGUCACGUCUCAAAGCUGUCAAAAAGGAUCAUCAUAAACGCCAAAAUAGGAACCAUAACCACGCCCCGUCAAUCUAUAGAGACCAUAAACACGGAAUCUGAGGAUGGAAGUGUUACGACCAUUACGACCCUAGAGGAGGAGGAGGAGGAGGAGGAGGAAGUCGAAGAAGAGUCAAGCAUUAGCCUAGACGUGGAGAGCGAAAGCACACUCACCCCAGAGCCGGACAAGGAAAUCAAAACCAACCUAACUUUCGAAAUAGGGAAAAUAACACCUCCACCACCCUCACCAACACCACCACACAAUCAGAGCUCACGAGAGAACAUCAACGCGGGGAUCGAAAAUGCAGCCACAAACCUCACGGACUUAGAGAAGGAUAUAACACUGCAGAUACUGAGAAACCAAGACUUCCUGACCGUGCUUGAGAAGAACAUAAGCCUCGUUAAAGAUCAGCUCUAUCACUUGGUUGACCAGACGAAGAGCAAGAUGCCGGCCCAGGAUUUCCAAGAUCUUCCUCGCGCCAUCCAAGAAGAGGAACACGCGACCUUGUUCAGGAUGGAGGAACACGACGAAGCACAUAGUAAACUGAUUUCCACGUACGCGACUCCCGAGCACCCCGACGUCUCCCAGUCUACCGGCGUUAGCCCUUCCAAGCCUCCGUUUUCCUUCGCCUCCAAACACGCAGCGAAUAAAUUAUUUGGCAAAGACAGAAAGAGAUCGUUGUCGCUCCCGCUGCUCUCCGGUGUUAAACACGAGGCGGGCAUGAUGGCAACCCUGGGCGCCCAGUACCCCUCGGCUGGCGGCGGCAACAUGUCUGCCAGCAGUGGAGUGUCCCGCCUUGGGAUGAUGCAGGCGCGGCUCCGUGAGCAGCUCAUGUUGGACAAGGAGUCACGGCUGCUGCAGAUGGCGGCGCGGAGGGAGGAGGAGCAGGAGGGCACCAUCAAGAGGGUCACCAAGUCCUCGGCCUCCACGCUCUCCUCCUCCCUCUCCUCGCUCUCGUCGCUCAACUCGUCCUUCGGAGGCCAGGGACGCGUCAGGAAACUGUUCCAGGAGCGGCGCACCAACGGCUUCGGCACCAGCCCCGUCGGCCGCGACAAGAGCUACCCACUGGACCCAGUCAGGAACGGCGGCGGCGGCAAUGUCGGUGCGGGCGGGCGGCCUCCCGUGAAGCCGGUAAAGGGCGUGGUGCGGACUCGCGGCGUGAGUGUGGACCGCGGUAAGGCGAACUAUGACCCCGAGGCGAUGCGUCGCUCCCGCAGCCACGCAGCCUUCCAAAACAGCGUCAACAACAACAACAUCAACAGCAACGCCUUCAGCAACUCCAACAGCAGUUACGCCGGCGGGGAGCCAAGGUCCCCGGCACGCGCCCUCAGACCCCCGGCGGGCCGCUCGCUACAACAUCACAAGUCCACGUCCUCGCUGCUCGACGCCAACCAAAACUACAACGGGCGCCUCAGCAGCAGCAGUAGCGGCGUGUACAGCCGCGGGCCCUCCAGGGACCCCUCCCCCGCACCCUCGCCCUCGCCCUCAAACCUCAAUCGCUUUGGCUUCCGCGGCCCGCCCUCCCGAGGCGCCUCGCCCGCUCCCCCGCCCGCCCUCACCUCACCCGUCCGCACCACGCCCCCGCCCACCACCACCAGGGCCUCCACCAGACCCCAGCCUCCCCCCAGACAGCGGCCGUCGCCCCCGCCCCGCCAGCCCCCACGACAGACCCGCCCCGUCAGGCAGCCCUCGCCUCCUGACGAAGACGACGCCGACUCCGCCUUCUCCAACGAGAACGACACCUCUUCCAAGAGCAAGGCACGCUUUGAAGGUCCGCCCAUCACGCAGGUAAGAAGCUUCCGCGCCUCCCCCUCCACGGCACCCGCCAAGCCCCUCAAAGCCACCAAACCCGCCCCGGCACCCAAGCCCACCAAGUCCUCCACCCCAGCGGCGCCGCGCCCCAAGCCUGUGCCCGGCCUCGCGAGCUGCAAGAUUUGUGGCCGAAACUUUGCUCCAGACCGCAUCGAGAAGCAUGAGACCAUCUGCUCCAAGUCAAAAAACAAGGCCAAAAAGCGCAAGGUGUUCGAUCCCGUUAAGAUGCGGACGAAGGGGACGGAGGCAGAGAAGUUUGUGGCGAAGGGGAAACACCUCCAGGACAAGCCAGUGCCGAAGAAGAAGGACUGGAAGAAGCAACACGAGGACUUCAUCGCCACCAUACGCGCGGCGAAGGCAGGCACGGAGGCGCCGCCCGUGGACAACUCAGACUACGUGGAAUGCCCUCACUGCCUACGCAAGUUCUCCGAGGUGGUGGCAGACAGACACAUCCCCAAGUGCGCCAAUAUAACCAGCAACAAGGCUCCGGCGAUGAGGAGGAGGCGGUAGACAGGCAGAAAAGGGGGGUUGGUGACGCCUGGGAAGGAAGAUUUUAGAAUGACGUGUCUGAUUGCACAAAUGUAAAUAAUGUAAGGGCUACAACAUGCGUAAAACGAAGGGUAAACGGAUAACGAAAGGGAAAUCGUCUCGGGAAGUAGAGAAUGAACUAGUUAAGAUAAUUAUAGAGGCUGAUUGGCAGGUUUUCAUUGUCUAACACAUAUGUGGAGUUAAGCUGAUGGCUACGAUAUGCAUGUUACUUGUUAGCGAAAAGAGAGAUCGAGGGAGCCGGGACUAGUGAAUGUGCAGGGAAGGAAGGAGGGAAGGAAGGAGCGAUAGUUACAGUUGAUUAUUUGGCAGAUUCUCGGGAUUUCAUUGUCUUACGGACACGUGGUGGCAACUAAAGGCAAAAAAAUAUAAUGAAGAGAGAUAGAUGACGAAAGUAAACUUGUGAAGACUCGCAAGAAAGGAAGGAAGAAGAGAAGAGGCUGUUCAGACGGCAGCUUUGAGGGUUUAGCAGUCUUGUGCAACAAUGGAGGUGAAUUAUACGUAUAAAUGUUUACUAGAUACGUAAUGCGAAGCGGAAAAAGAGAAAGGAAAAGUCCAGGAAAUUCGGAUGCUCAGUAACCAGCCAAUAGUUUACUGUCAGUCAUAAUCUGCUUAUGUUGAAUGAAACAUAAAUGACCAAUUAGCUGGCCGUCUUGCCCAAGGAGUCUUACCUCAUAAAGCUGGAGAAGUGGACAGCUUUAUGCAGGAGUCAAUAUCAUGAUCCACUGAGGUACUGAAAGGGUCAGACCAGGGAUCAGAUAGUAUAUAUUUUGUGUGAUUAUAGAGUAGAUAAUGUGUUGGGUUUAAAAAAAUGUACGAUCUCCAAUCCACUUAUUUUCAUGUUACUGCAGAGGAAUCAGUGUUACUCUGCGUGGAAGGAAGGAAGGAAGCUCAUGACUCCGUAGAGGAUUACGUAGUUGUUAUUUCCGUGGGUUAAACAUUUAGGGCAAACAUGUGAUAUAUUAAUGUUUCACGACCUUGUAGCUCUGACCAUAACAGGGGAGCCAAGACCACAUUCCCCGAGUUGUCUGCGGGAGUGUCCAAGUCUCCUAAACGGCAGGACCAACGCGUUUACUGUGACCAAUUUAUUAGUGUUGUUAGUGGCUCGGUGCUGCCAUCUGUGGGUCUGCCUCGCUGCCACGACUCCUGUUUAUAGCUUCUGAAUGGGAUGUUUUGUAACUAGACCAAUAUUUCCUAACCUACCGUGUGUGUGUGUGUGUGUGUGUGUGUGUGUGUGUGUGUGUGUGUGUGUGUGUGUGUGUUGAAAGGUUGACGACUGUGUACGUCUUAUAUAAUGUAAACAUUCCUGGCCGGUGCAUUCAUAUUAACUUAACCCACAUCUACAUAUUCUGCUUCGUGCAGUUGUAUGUCCUUAUUUUGUGCUUUUAAUAACCGCCUCCGGUUGAAUAAGUUUAACAGAUACAUAGGCUCCACCCUGUACAUAGUGAAAUGGACAAGAUGGACACUCCCCUGUUAUUGGAAGCAAAUCUGAAGGAAGCAGUCAAUUCAAACAUUACCGCAUCAGGAGUCUCGUUAAUUUGUAGUUGUUUGGUUUAGGGGAGAGAGGGUUGUCAGGGGUCAGCGGGGUUAUGCUCGCCUACACGAGGUGGCUACACUAUUUUCUUACUCCUGUGUUGAAAGCCGAGGACCGUCUGUGAUACUACUUCAGAAAUGACUAGUGUAGAGGGGUAGCUGCCUUGAUGGGCGAUAGCACGGUGGUGACUAGCAACACCAGACCUUCUGGCAACUACCCAUAAGGCAUUACUCCAGCGCUACCAAGGCUCUGAUGGGGGAAGGGUCCGUGCCUAACGAUGGAUCACCUGACAAUCCAAACUGGUAAUCUAGACUAAGAAAAAAACAAUCAAGGAGAGUUUGACGGAACGAAAGGAAGGUCAACAUGCUACUUUGGGUUCUGACCUCAUGUAAGGGAAAUGCUACUAUUUAGUGUAACAACUGGCGUUUUGCAAUAAAAUGAAAAAGUAA